AUGCGCAGGACGCUGUGGAAGUCGACGGCCUCGCUGGGCAGGCCAGCCACGCCACUGCCGCCAUUCGUCGGUGGGGCGGUCGAGGCUGAGGAAAGCGACACCAGAGAGGGUGUCGGACUAACGGCGAAGGUGCUCUGGGUCACCCGGGUCGCUGAUCCUGAGCGCCUGGGGCAGCACUGGUGGGUCUUGGUGGAUGAAGGCGCCGAUGGGCUCGGCCAUGGAGGCGCUCUCGAGGCGCACGACGCUGGCCGGCUUGAGCAGAAGGAAGACAGCCAGAGAGGGUGCUGGAUCAUCCCAUCAUCUUCUCUAGGUGGCGAGGGGCAGGACAUGAGCAUUGAUCGCAGUGCCGGGCGUGUCGGACGCAGAGGUGCCAUGGGCCGUGCUUGUCCGUUGAUCAGCCGUCGGGCCGCGGAAGUGGUCGAGGCCGAGGACUCCGCCUACGAGGGGCCCCGGCGCCUCGCACAGAAGACGCCGACUCGCCCGCUCGUGGAGGCGCAUCUGCCCGCCACGUGCUCGCGGGCGUCCGCGGCAAGCACCAAGGCCCUUCGGGAUGCCAUCGCGGAGGCCGCCCACGCCUCCCGUCUCUCCUGGUGUGCAUCGUUUGCGGUGAGGGCGGCGGAGCACGAUGCCAUGCCCUACGAAAACGCAGACCAGCUCGCCAGAUGGUGGUGGUUCUGCCAGCGGGUCUGGACGAAUGAAAACGACAUGAGGGCAACGUACAAGCACAUGAAGAUCCGCACAUCCUCUGCGAUCGCCUCGAUGGCGUUUGCCUGGGCGGCGGCGCAGCAGGUCCCAGAGACCCUGGGAAGGUACCAGGAGGCCCUGGAGCGUUUCGGCAAGAUCGAGCGCGGGCACGGGGUGGGCUUCGCAGCCUUCAACCUGUGGAUGUACUACGUGGAUCCACAGCGCUUCGCCGCUUCCCCGAAGCGCUUCGAGCAGGGGAUACCGCUGCUGGAGCAGGGCCUCCAGAGGAACACGGCCGUGCCCCAUGGGCUGAACGCGGUGGGCUACGCGUACGCGAGCCUGCAGAUGCUCCAGGAGGCGCAGGAUUGGCUUGCCAAGGGGCUGGAGUACGACCCAGACAACCCCGUCAUCUGGAACAACAUCGCGGCAGUGUGGAUGCUCGCCGGCGCCUUCCAGAACGCGGCACAGGGCCUGGAGAAAGCGCUGACGUUGGAGCCGUCGAACCCGAUGGUGGUGCACAACGUCCUGCUGCUGAGGCGCGCGGCCGAGCCAGGCGUGGGCAGCGGCGUGCUGGACGCCGCCCCGCAGCUGGAGCUGUUCUUCUCGCGCACCACGUGA